AUGGAGCAGCAGCAGCCGGAGAAGAGGGCGCGUCCUUGCAGCGCCGCAGACGCAGGAGCCUUUUUAUCUAUUUGCUGCGACUGCGACUGGUGCAAGAUGCGCAUCACGGUCUCUGUUGUCGCGUCCAAUGUCGCUAUCAGCUCGGAUAUCGUCUCGCUCGAUGUCGGCGAAGACAUGACUCUGGCAGACCUCAAGGCCGUCAUACAGAGCGAGAUCCAGAUCCCCCCGCAGUCACAGUACCUCUUUCACAACAACCAGCUCCUCUCAGAUGAUACAAAGCCGCUGGGUCAGAUAGGCAUACGCGAAGGUGACAUGCUGGGUAUGCAAGUCCGAGUCCCAGCCCCAGGCUCCGGUUCGGCUUCGGGCUCGGGCUCAGGCCAGGGUAACCCCUCGCGGGCAUCAGCAGCAGCAGGAGGAGGAGGAGGAGCUGGAGGCCCUCCGCAGCAAGGCGAGUCCUCGCGCCGGCAGCAGGCGAUACCAGACCCAGAGACGAUACGUCUGCAUAUGCUGGGAGACCCGAGGGUGCUGUCGGCUGUCAGGCAGCAGAAUCCACAGCUGGCGGCAGCAGUAGAUGAUCCGCAGCGGUUUAGAGACAUAAUGCUCUCCCAUCGCCGUGCGGAGGCGCAGGCAGAGGCAGCGAAGGAAGCAAGAAUAGCCAUGUUGAAUGCGGAUCCGUUCAAUCUCGCUGCGCAGCGAGAGAUCGAGGAGAUCAUUCGUCAGAAUGCAGUUACAGAAAACCUACACACGGCCAUGGAACACACUCCUGAAGCGUUCGGUCGAGUAUCUAUGCUGUAUAUCCCAGUAGAAGUAAACGGGCACAAGGUGAAAGCAUUCGUCGACUCCGGGGCACAGGUCACUAUAAUGUCACCGGAGUGUGCCUCAGCCUGCAACAUCAUGCGGUUAAUCGAUAGACGAUACGGAGGUAUCGCAAAGGGCGUUGGCACCGCCGACAUCCUGGGCCGUGUCCACUGCGCCGAAAUCAAGAUCGGCGACAUGUUCCUCCCUUGCUCCUUUACGGUGAUGGACGGCAAGCACAUAGACCUUUUACUAGGGUUAGAUAUGCUUAAACGGCACCAAGCAUGCAUCGACUUGAAAGAAGGCGUAUUGAAAAUCCGCAAUGAAACCGUCCCGUUCUUACACGAAGCUGAUAUACCCAAGCAUCAGGAUGAGUUUGAAGACGAGCCAAUGGUGAUGGGCCGCGAUGGAGCUGUUGUCGGAGGGAGAACGGGCGCCGUGCAGCAGCCAGCUGGAGGAAUGGGCAUCCAGCGACCAACAGCACCGCCCUCUUCAUCACUGCACCCGCCUGCAUCUUCCUCUGCUGCUGCUGCUGGCACCGGCUCAGCUCCCGUAGGCCCUUCAGCCGCUAACACACAGCAGCGAGCCUCACGCUGGCCAGCUGACUCGAUUGCAAAAAUAACAGAUCUAGGAUUUACGCGAGAUGAGGCCAUCCAGGCUCUAGAUGCUGCAAAUGGUAAUCUCGACGGUGCAAUUGGAUAUCUUAUCUAG